ACAAUAAUAAAAUAAAAUUACCUAUCAAAAGGAAAAAAGAGUCAUUAAAUUUUAACUUAUUGAGGAUAUAUAAAAAGACCAGUGCUGUGAUCGUAUUUCCGUAUCAGUGUGUCAGUGUAUCUCUCAUUUUCUCCAAUCAUAUAUUUUCGCUCAUUUAACAAAAUCGCUUCACUUUCCCGAUUCAAUUUUCCCGGAAAAUAUCACUUUCCCGUUUCAUUUUCCCAGAAUAAAUCAAAAUCUCCAUCGUAAUUAAUUUCUCAGACCUUAUAUUAACAUCAAAGCAAGCAUUUAUACUGUCUCUGUUUCAAUUUCACAAAAAGAAAGACAAAAACAAAAAAACAGAGCGACUAAAAAAAAAAGAAUGGUGAAGCCGUUCGAAUUCCAUGGCGUGGAGGCGGAGAAAGCGGAAGCAAUGAGGAGAUACAACAACCGUAGAAGCUUCAGGAACAUUCUACGUUUAGCCGCCGUAGCUUCGCUGUGUUACUUAUGGUUCCCGACGGUGGCGAUUUCACUACAAACUGCCGGCGACUGGUUUUACCGGACCGGGGCGGUUUUUAUAACCGAUCGUUCCGUCGUCUUCGUCUUCGCUAACCUAAUCGUCGGUUUACUUUUCUUUCUCUCCGGCGAGAGCAACAACGAGAGUAGUAGUAGUAGUAAUGUUGAACCAGAACCAGAUCUCUACGAUCAAUACACCUCUUCUUCCUCCGCCGUAAUCGUAACCGCCGACGACGAGAAAGUGGUAGAAGAUGAUGAUGAUGAUUUGCAUAAGCAAAUCGUUCCGGCGUUUAACGCGGAGGUUGAGGAGGCGGUUACGACAAAAGAAAUUUAUAGGAGGACGAAAUCGGAGACAUUCCGGCCGGUGAUGGAGUAUCAGAGAACAGAGUCGGAGAAAGUGGUGGAAGACGAUGAAUCGGAGAAGCGAAUCGUUCCGGCGUUUAAUCCGGAGGAUGAGGAAGUGGUUUUGGAUGAGGCUACUCGGGAGGUGGUUACAUCACCGGGAAUUUAUAGGAGGACGAAAUCGGAAACGAGGAAAGAGAUAAUCCGGCCGGUGAUGGAGCAUCGGAGAACGGAAUCGGCGAAAGUGGUGGCGAUUGAUAGGCUGAGUAGUGAAGAGUUUCGUUUGAAGAUAGAGAGUUUCAUAAUGGAGAAGAAGAAAUCGCUUGUUCGGGAAAACGACAUCGUUCAAUGUCAAGUACUUGGGUCUAGACCUGGCCUCGUUGGUAGUACUGGCUAUGGCUCGUGCUAGGCCUAAAAAAGCUGACUUGGAAGUAGAGAGAGGCGAAACACUCAAAAAUGACUAAAGUUUGGUAUUAUUUUACUUUGGUUAAUUUUUUAGGAACCUUUUAAAAUUAGAUGAUGCUGGUGAUAUUUUUUUUAAUUAGCUGGCUUGAAUUUCAUCUUGGAUGGUUAUGUUUUUCUUUUGGCACCACAAUGAAAUGAAAUACGGAAAUAGUAAUUUUCUCUGUUA